CGGACAGUUAGGGGAGUCGACCCCUUCGGUUUGCUCCUCUCGGUGGAGGAGAGAUGGGGAGGCGUUGUGCUGGGGCUGAGGUAGGAAGGAGCCCGCUCCUCGACGCCUAACCCUCCCACGACGCUAGCCCCUGAGCCGUGAUGCGAGCGUGGGUCCUGCUCUCCGCGGUGCUCUGGUACCUCACAGGAGUUGGAUGGCAGCGUAAUUCCGAGCGCACUGAGAAAGGCUUCAUUUAUGGCAACCCGGGACACCCAGUGAAAUUAUAUGUAAAAUUACAUCACAAUAGCCCAAUCCUUGUCUGUAUGGAUUUGAAACGCGCUGAAAAAGAAACAGUGGACCCCACCUACUUAUGGGUUGGGCCUAAUGAAAAGCCAUUAACAGGAAAUAAUAAAAUAAAUAUAACCAAAACAGGAAAGCUGAUGGUGAAAGACUUUCUGGAGCCUUUGUCUGGACUUUACACAUGCACUCUUUCUUAUAAGACUGUCAAAGCAGAAACCCAAGAAGAAAAGGUAGUAAAGCAGAGAUAUGACUUUAUGAUCUUUGCCUACCGGGAACCUGACUAUUCAUAUCAGAUGGCUGUACGUUUUACCACAAAAUCUUGUGUAGGAAAGUAUAAUGAUCUGCUUUUUAGACUGCUGAAGAAAAUCUUGCAUAAUUUAAUCGCUGAUUUGUCAUGCCAUAUCAUAGAACCAUCAUAUAAAUGCCAUUUUGUUAAAGUCCCAAAACAUGGCCUCAUUCCUGAGCUAUUUAUAGCCUUUCAAGUUAAUCCUUUUGCACCAGGGUGGAAAGGUAAAUGCAAUGAGUCUGUUGACUGUCAAGAUAACACUAACCAUAAUAUCCUCCAGGCAAGAAAUCGAAUAGAAGAAUUUUUCCGGAGCCAAGCAUAUAUUUUCAACCAUGAUUUUAAUAAAACUCUACCAGCUAUGCAUUUUGUGGACCACAGUUUUCAGAUAGUACGAAUAGAUAGCUGUCGUCCAGGCUUUGGAAAAAAUGAAGGUCUCCACAGCAAUUGUGCUACCUGUUGUGUGGUUUGUGGUCCUGAGACUUUUAGUCCUGAUGUUGAUGUUACAUGUCAGACCUGCGUUUCUAUCCAAAUCUACGGAGCUAAAUCUUGCCCAUAAAACUUCAAACAAAAACUGCAACGUGAAGACUAGAGGUGAAAGCAUUGCUACUUGCUUGUGGAGGUGGCGAACAUAAGAUGAUUUGUUUACAUCCCAGACUGUCAUAGAUAGUUCCAGUAAGUAAGAUCAGUAAGACCAAAACAUUGGAAAACAUACCUUUUAGAAACCCUAAAAAGAUAGUUGACAUGGCAUUUCUAAGAAGGCAUUUAAUAUCUCCAGUGUGCAAAGGAAAGUGUAAGUAUGAGUGGAUGAGUUUUAUUGAAAUAUGUUUUGUUGUUUACAAACAAUCUGUUUCUGUGUUCCUAAGACUAUAUUAAGGUAAAGAAAAGUAGCAAAGUAUAAUAUAAUAAAAACGUACUUUCCAUGUAUUAUUUUGUUUGAUAUCACUCUUAUAUAAAGGCAUAUAUAUUACCUUUAUAAUUAGAACCAAAAAAGUUAUUUCUUUUGGUGUCUUUGCUUUCAGUUUGUUUUUAGAAUAAUAGAAUAUAUUAGUAUAGUUUUAGGUUUACAGAAUAAUUGAGCAGAUAUUAUACAGAAUUCCAUAUACCCACUCCAGCCCACACCCUCAUCCCUCCCCAGUUUCCCCUAUUAUUAACAUCUUGCAUUAGUGUGAUGCAUUUGUUACAAUUAAUGAACCAAUGUUGAUACAUUAUUAUCAACUAUAGUUCAUAGUUUAUAUUAAGGUUCAUUCUUUGUGUUCUGCAGUUCUAUGGGUUUUGACAACUGCAUAAUGACAUGUGUCCACCCUUAAAGUUUCAUACAAAAUAGUUUCACCACCCUUAAAAUGCCCUAUGCUUCACCUAUUCAUCUCUCUCCCUUACCCCAGAGCCACUGACAACCAGUAAUCUUUUUACUGCCUCUAUAGUUUUGCCUUUUCCAAGGUGUCAUAAACUUGGAAUUGUACAGUAUGUAGACUUUCCAGACUGGCUUCUUUCACUUACCGAUAUUCAUUUAAGGUUCCUCCAUGUCUUUUUGUGACUUAAUAGAUCUUUUUUAUUGCUGACUAAUAUUCCAUCAUAUGGGUGUGUAAAGGACAUCUU